GUGAAUGAUGAUGGAAAAAAUCAAUGCAACUUUGGAAGGCUACUUUGUUCUACUGGGUUUUUCUAAUUGGCCUCAUCUGGAAGUAAUACUCUUUGUGGUUAUCUUGAUGUUCUACUUGAUGACAUUGAUAGGCAACCUGUUCAUCAUCAUCUUGUCAUACGUAGAUGCCCAUCUACACACACCCAUGUAUUUCUUCCUCUCAAACCUCUCUUUUCUGGAUCUCUGCUAUACCACCAGCUCCAUCCCUCAGUUGCUGAUCAACCUCUGGGGCCCAGAAAAAAAAAUUUCUUACAAUGGUUGCAUGACUCAACUUUAUUUCGUCCUUGCAUUGGGAUCCACAGAAUGUGUGCUGCUGGUGGUGAUGUCCUAUGACCGUUAUGCAGCUGUAUGUAGACCCUUGCAUUACACUGUCCUCAUGCACCCUCGUUUUUGCCAUCUGUUGGCUGUGGCUUCUUGGGCAAGUGGCUUUACCAACUCAGCACUUCAUUCCUUCUUUACCUUUUGGGUACCCCUGUGUGGACAUCGCCAAGUGGACCAUUUCUUGUGUGAAGUUCCAGCACUGCUUAGACUGUCAUGCAUUGAUACUCAUGCUAAUAAGCUGACCCUCAUGAUCACAAGCUCCAUUUUUGUUCUCAUACCUCUCAUCCUCAUUCUCAGCUCCUAUGGUGCCAUUGCCCGUGCUGUGCUGAGGAUGCAGUCAACAGCUGGACUUCAGAAAGUCUUUGGGACAUGUGGAGCCCAUCUUAUGGUUGUAUCCCUGUUUUUCAUUCCAGCCAUGUGCAUAUACCUUCAGCCCCCAUCAGGAAAUUCUCAAGAUCAAGGAAAGUUCAUUGCCCUUUUUUACACUGGUGUCACGCCUAGCCUCAACCCUCUAAUCUAUACCCUGAGAAACAAAGAUGUAAGAGGGGCAGUAAGAAGAUUAAUGGGGUGAGGUGAGCCUGUGUAUCUGUGACAUUAAUGGUAUAAUGGAGCAUCUCUUCAACCAUUGGUUCAUCUAUCCAUCUAUUCAUCAACCACUCUCAUUUCCUCACUCUCUCAGUACUUAUUGAGAAUAUACUGUCACAAGGUCAUGGAGUUUGUGGUGGCAGAUAUGAAUUAAAUGCAAUCUUCCUAAAUACUAAUCACUCUCUACUGGAGAAAAUAGCCAUGUAAAAUCAAGAUAAAACAUCAGUAUUAAUUUUCAGUGCAUAAACCUAAUCAAAAAUGAGGCAUGAAAUUUGUUGUAAAAAUUGAUAAAAUUCAGGUUAAUUUACUAUGGAAAGAUGAUAUUCUUAAUUUAAAAACCCUAGAGUAUGUUUUUUAAUUUCUUGCUUUUUAGGCAGAAUUUGUCAUAACAUUUGACUUCUAUCUUGGUUUAACAAAAGACAUAGUGAAACACUUUAGAUAUUUUCUCCAACACUAUUAUGCUAUUUUGAAUACUAGUGAAUAUUGAGAGGAAGUUUGGUUUGUAUUUUUUUUUGUCUUUUUUUAGGGCUGCUCUUAUGGCAUAUGGAGGUUCCCAGCCUAGGUGCUGAA